UCCGAGACCAUAGUUCUUCUGGCGCUGAAAAUGGCUACCAUGCCGAGCCACGGCCUCAGGCAUUUGUACACAACGCGUCCAUGGCAGAAAACCUAUCGGUUUUCAACCUCAUUGGCUUCUCUUUCUUCUUUCACCGAAGACUCGGAACAAACCAAGUCCAACGCCGCCGAAACAUCCACUACAAAAUCCGGCCCGUAUUUUCCGAAGCGAAACCAGACACUGGAACUGGUUUGCGAGUCACUGGCUUUCAAAGGGAAGGGUCUAUGCAAGGUGGAGGAUACUGGGUUUGUUGUAUUGUGCGACCGUGCACUCCCUGGUGAGCGCUUCAUUGGGCGUGUUACUCGCAAGAAGGGGAACUAUGCUGAGGUAACUAAGUUAAAGACAUUAUCUCCUCCUUGGGACCUUGUGGAUGCUCCCUGUGAAUACGCUUCUUACUGUGGAGGCUGCAAAAUGCAAAAUUUGUCAUAUGAGGCACAAAUCCGAGCCAAGGAGCAACAAGUCCAUGAUUUGGUGAUACAUGUUGGGAAAUUUUCUCAGUCUGAACUGGAAUCUUUAAGGAUCAUGAAGCCUAUUGUUCCUUGUGAUAUCCAGUUUCAUUACAGGAAUAAGAUGGAGUUUUCAUUUGGUUCUGCGAAAUGGCUACCGAAAGAAGCACUUGCAGAAAAACAAGAGGGAGAUAGCAAUUAUGCACUGGGACUGCAUGCUCCUGGAUUUUUUGAUAAGGUCCUAGACGUCAAUAAGUGCUUGCUGCAAAGUGAGCCUGCCAAUAUGGUUCUUGCUGCUAUCCAAGAUUGCUGGAGAGAUGCGGAGUUAGGUCUCUCUCCUUAUAAUGCUCGCUCUCAUGUUGGUUUUCUUAAACAUCUAAUGCUAAGAUCCGGAAGGAAUUUGAAUAAUGGUCUUCCCGAACUCAUGGUUAACUUUGUGACCUCAUCUUACAAGCCAGAACUGCUGAAGCCUUUGGUUGAAAGAGUUACUGCUGUCCCUGAAGUGGUGAGUGUCAUGAAUAAUGUUAACACUUCUGUUGGUAACACAUCAGUGGGUGAGGAAGAGUAUACUUUACAUGGGAAACCGUACAUCACAGAAACCUUAAGAGGGCUUACUUUUCAAAUAUCAGCCAACUCUUUCUUCCAGACAAAUACUCGUCAGGCUGAAGUUUUAUAUAGACUUAUAGAGGAGUGUGCUGGUCUCAGAGGAGAUGGCUCGGAGAUAGUUCUGGACCUGUUUUGUGGGACUGGCACCAUAGGUCUGACUCUUGCAAGAAGGGUCAAACAUGUUUAUGGGUAUGAAGUAGUUCCUCAAGCAAUCUCAGAUGCUCGUCUGAACGCUGAGCUAAAUGACAUCCAUAACGCCACUUUUGUGCAAGGAGAUCUAAAUAAAAUUGAUGAAAAUUUUGGGAGUAAUUUUCCCAGACCUGACAUUGUUAUUUCAGAUCCAAAUCGACCGGGAAUGCACAUGAAGUUGAUUAAAUUCCUCUUAAAGCUCAAGGCACCACAAAUAAUUUAUGUAUCAUGCAAUCCUGCAACCUGUGCUCGUGAUCUUGAUUACCUCUGUCAUGGAGUGAUGGAGAAAAAUAUAAAAGGGUGCUACAAGCUAAAGAGUGUACAGCCUGUAGACAUGUUCCCACACACUCCUCAUAUCGAAUGCAUAUGUUUAUUGGAGCUCUGUGAUAAUCCUAGCUAGGGCCAGACAAUUCUUCACUCUUAAGGGGUGAUUCACUCCUUAGGGAAAAUGGUGAUUGUUGUUGUAUCGAAAUCCAUACCAUUUACACAUUUUUUAAUUUAUUAUUCUUUUAAUCAAGAUUUCGUGUCUGUAAAACCAUCCAUUUGGAUAUGAAAAAAGGAAAACAGAAGGCAGAUUUGUUUGCUAUUGUUGGAUUAAA